AUGGAUGGAUCGUUUUGCGUAAAGAUGUUGAUGGAUGGAUACACUUUAUAUGUGGAUUCGUCAAAAAUAAAAUUUUGGAACCAGGCAAAUAAAAUGCUUAAGCGAAAGAGCAGUGCCUUCUUGGCUCAGUUGGCAGAGCGUCUGCCUAGUAAGCAGAAGAUGUUUAAGAUGGUGAAUAUACUUGUAGAAGAUAUUACUGGACAACAGACAUCUAAGACAUAUUAUCUUACAAGUGCCAUAAAAGAAAUACCAGAUCAAGACUUGACAGUUGUGCCCAAAUUCUUAUCAGCCAAUCAGGAAGACGAUUACACAGAAUUCUCUUUUGAGAACGACGACCAAAGUUACACUGUCAGAUAUAGUAAUUUAUUUUUAACAUCUGUGGAUUUUAUCCCUGCUGUCUACAAGUUAACCCUGCUCAGCCUGCAACAGAGGAUAGUUAAUCUCUCCCAGAAACUUCAAAUAAGACCGUGUUUGACCUCAUUCCCAGAUGUUGUUUCUGCUGAAGCAACUGGAAAUAGUGAACUGGAAGACGCCAUUGACAAAGAAGACGUUUUGCAUUCCAAAGACAAUGAGGAUGCAGAACAAGCUGCUAGUAUGGAAGAUAUCUCUGAGGUCAGUACUAGUCAAUUCUGGUCUAUAGAUGUGACCUGUCUUCUCUUGAAAGUUAUUUUGCAAACAGACCAUCAUAACUUGGUUAAAGCUGCAGCUUUCAAGGCUGAAACUGACUUUGAAAACUUGUCAUUAUCCUUCAAGUUGACAGUGGAUAGCAACAAAUGCAACACGAAGUUCAAGUUGUUGAAAACUAGUUUCAAAGUAAAUUUGGACAGAGUAUAUGCUCAAACAGGCCAUAAUGCAUACCUACCUCAUAUGUGCUGGUUCAACAAAAUGCGUGAGAUUAUGUUGAACAAUCUCACGUACAGUAUUCCGUGCUUGGUUUUGACUGGAACUAUGUCCCAAGGAGCAACAAUCACGCGUACAUCAAUGACUGGAAGAAUAACCAGAGAGCAUGUUGAAACUUUCCAGCCUUUGGAAAUUCUUGAGGAAGAACAAGUGGUAGCUGAGGAGCCAGCAACAGAGGAACCUAUAGCCAAGGAGCCAGUAACUGAGGAGCCAGCAACAGAGGAACCUAUAGUCAAGGAGCCAGUAACUGAGGAGCCUGCAGCUGAGGAUCUAGUAGCCAACAGCUAUAGUUCCCUCCCGCCUAAUGUGCUCUUGCAUGUAGCACCUGCACAUGAUCGAUUGCCUGCUGGUGAUUGUUAUGAUUCCAUGUUGGAGCUUAUGGGCUCAGCAUAUGCAGCAAUGAGAGAAGAUAUCCGUGUAUCUACACAGGAGCUUACAGAAGUAUUUCUUGGUACAGCUGAAGAAAGAGAAGAAAAGAAAAGAGGAGUAGCCUUGGAGUUAGAGUUGAGAACGAUAGAGAUGAAUUCAUUUGUGAAGGAGAAUGAGGAGAAAUCACUGGAGCAUGCAAGACGGGCAAGACUAGAUGAGAAGAGAGCAGUGGAGCACAAAAGAAAGACAAGAAGAGACAACAAGUUCCUUGCUGAUCACAAAAGGAUUACAGACCUUCUGUCUAAGUUUGUUAAUAGAAACAUUGUAGACAGUAGCACCCAAAGCAAUGACAAUGGUGAAGCAUAA